UCCUUUUCUUGAGAAGUAAAAAAUAUGGGCACGAAAGGUAAGUUGAUAGCUUCAAUGGAGGUGAAAUGUGGAGGACAUUCGCUUUUUGAUAUUUUUCAUACCAAUAAUCACCAUGUACCCAAUAUAAGUCCUACAAAUAUUCACCAUUUUGAGAUUCAUGAAGGUGAAAUUAUAAAGGCUGGUUCAAUUAUUAGCUGGAAAUAUAAUGAAGGUGGACAGGAAAUGUACAUGAAGUACUUAGUUGAAGCUGUUGAUCCUGAAAACAAAUCAAUUACAUGGAAACUGAUUGAAGGAGAUUUAUUAGAGUUGUAUAAUUACUUUAAUGUAGCAACAUCUUGUGAUCAUCAAUGGACUACUUGGACAUAUGAAUACGAAAAGAAAACUGAAGAUACCCCAGAGCCCCUCAUUCACUUAGGUUUUAUCCUUAACCUAAUAAAGGAUAUAGAGGGUCACCUUCUAAAGAAUUAAUAUACACGUGUGUGUGUUUGUGUGUGUGAUGAAUAAUUUGCUACUUCUAGCUAGCUAGCAUGUAUUAUAAAUAAUCUAGAAUAAAAUAUAUGUGUG